AUGUCAGGAACGUUUAUUUCGGAAUUGGAAGAAAAUCAAAAGGAGCAACUAAAAUAUUUGGUCCUCAUCUUAUUGCUAGGAGCAGGAUUUUACUUUUUCGUUUAUUUACUCAACCAACAAAGAAAACAAUUAGAAAUGCAAAUUAUAGAAACCAUUACUCUUGCUCAUUUUUGUUUGAACCACAAAUCGCUUUUAAGCGCACAAGUUGGUCUUCCCUCUCAGCCCUCACUGACUACGAAUGAAGCUACCGAUAACUCGAGAAUAGAAAACCAACAUCUCGAUAAGAAGGUUAUUCUUUCCUCGCAUCCCUCACUGACCACGAAUGAAGCUACCGAUAACUCGAAAAUAGAAAACCAACGUCUCAAUACGAAUGAAGUUACCGAUAACUUGAGAAUAGAAAAUCAACGUCUCAAUACGAAGGUUAUUCUUUCUCGCUGA